ACCACACGCCUUUCGUCUCCGACGCCUUGACAAUAAAGUAUAAAACCCCUCAAAGCUUAAACCCCUUCGUUAAUACAAGUAGGCAAUCUCCUUCCUCAUCUCAUCUCUGAUAACCCAUAACUCUGCAUAUGCAAAAUAUGCCCAUAACCCACAGUUUACUGUGUGCAAAUGUAAACCCAGUACCUAAGCUUCCCAACUUUACUAAAUCUGCUUUCAGUCCCAGUUCAUUUCUCACUGUUAGAAGCAGGGGCCUGGUUUUAAGUUUCAAAGAUCCAAAUUUUCUGCGCGUGAAAAAUAAUGGGAUUAUGAACCCUAAUUCUUGGUUUUCCGGGGGCAGGAAAUACCGGCGUGGCGUAAUCAGGGCCGUCGGAACUGAUUACUACUCGACCUUGAAUGUUAGCAGAAAUGCAACUUUGCAGGAGAUUAAGAGCUCUUACAGAAAGCUUGCUCGCAAGUAUCAUCCGGACAUGAACAGGAAUCCUGGAGCAGAGGAGAAGUUCAAAGAGAUUAGUGCUGCUUAUGAGGUUCUAUCAGAUGAUGAGAAAAGAUCAUUAUAUGAUCGCUUUGGUGAGUCAGGUUUACAAGGAGAUGGAUCAGGACUUGGUUCACAGGGGGUUGAUCCGUUUGAAGUAUAUAAUGCCUUCUUUGGCGGUUCAGAUGGGCUCUUCAGAGGAAUGGGUGAACCUGGAGGCAUUAAUUUUGAUUUCCUAAAUAAUGGAAACCAGGGUCUUGACAUUAGGUAUGAGCUCUUUAUGAACUUUGAAGAAUCAAUCUUUGGAGGACAGCAAGAAAUUGAAGUUCCGUGUUUUGAUUCAUGUGAUUAUUGUGGUGGAACUGGUGCUAAAUCUAGUAGUUGCAUAAAAUCAUGUAGUGAUUGUGGGGGUAGAGGAGGUGUCAUGAAAACUCAAAGAACACCCUUCGGAAUGUUGUCACAGGUGUCUACAUGCUCUCGUUGUGGUGGUAAUGGCAAAAUAAUCACUGAUCAUUGUCAAAGAUGUGGUGGCAAUGGUCAAGUGCGACUAAAGCGAAGCAUGAAAGUGGUGAUCCCACCAGGUGUUAGUGAUGGAGCCACAAUGCGGAUUAAAGGAGAGGGUAAUUUUGACAAGAAAAGGGGCCUGGCUGGAGACCUUCUUAUAGUUCUCCAUAUAGAUGAAAAGAAAGGAAUUCAGAGGGAUGGCCUCAAUUUGUACUCAAAGGUCAAUGUCAAUUAUACUGAAGCAAUAUUAGGGACAGUAGUGAAGGUAGAAACUGUAGAAGGCAUGAAAGAUCUUCAAAUUCCUUCAGGAAUCCAACCUGGAGAUACCAUAAAAUUGUCUCGCAUGGGAGUUCCGGACAUAAAUAGACCUUCUGUUCGAGGUGAUCAUCAUUUUAUUGUGAAUGUUCUGAUCCCAAAAGAUAUCAGUGAUACAGAACGAGCACUUGUGGAGGAAUUGGCUUCACUUAAAGCGUCUAGGAAAGCUCCUUCUGUUUCUUCUAACAACAGUGUGCCACUUAAUAGAGACAUCAAUAAUGAUAGAAUUAGAGACCAAAAAGACCAUGCUUCCACCCGAGGGUUCAAACGGGUUUCAUCUUUGUGGAAGAAGAUGGGAGACUUCUUGAGGGAGAAGAAAUCCCAAGAAGGAUUUGCAUCAGUUAGUAUGGAUACCUCAGCAUCAUCAUUAUGGAGAUGUAGCAGCAAGCCAAAUUCCUCAUUCGUCAUUUCAAUUUCUACAGUUUUCGUUAUAACUUGUAUUCUUACCUUGAUACAGAAGAUUGAUAACCUCGCAUCAUUAAAACAAAGAAACCGAACUCCUCGUUCGCUUAGAACAGUGAAAAAACAUUAGAAAAGGAAUUUUGUGGGAUUAGAUGAAUGAUUAGCAAACAUAUUUUACAGGGUUUA